GCAUAACGCUCAGUGCUGCUGCUAUAUGUUACAUCGCGGUGUGCUUUACCGAGCAAGAAGCAAGAUUGCUGAAGCAGUACGGUGCUCGUUUGAACAUUGCAGCUGGGAGGAUUUCCCCAGUUCAAAUGGAAUUUAACGCUCCUCACUGACACUGCUGUGUACGAAGGGAAAGGAAUGGACAAUGGAAUACUCUGCUUUGCUACAAUGAAACUCCACUUGGCCUUCUUAGUUCUCACCAGCAUAACCUGCUGCCUUAGUGUAUCACAGAUGGCAGCGGGAACACUGAAGGAAGACCCCAAUAACAAUAUUACCAUAUUCACAAGGAUUUUAGAUGGAUUGCUGGAUGGGUAUGAUAACAGGCUGCGUCCUGGACUGGGAGAAAGAAUAACAGAGGUAAAAACAAAUAUCUACGUCACAAGCUUUGGCCCAGUCUCAGAUACUGAAAUGGAAUAUACGAUUGAUGUGUUUUUCCGCCAAAGCUGGAAGGACGAACGACUUAAAUUUAAAGGACCGAUGCAACGACUUCCCUUGAAUAACCUUCUAGCCAGCAAAAUCUGGACACCAGACACCUUCUUUCUCAAUGGCAAGAAAUCCAUUGCUCACAACAUGACCACUCCAAACAAGCUGCUGCGCUUGGAAGAUGAUGGGACUCUGCUCUACACCAUGAGGUUGACCAUUUCUGCUGAAUGUCCUAUGCAACUGGAAGACUUUCCCAUGGAUGCUCAUGCAUGCCCUCUUAAAUUUGGAAGCUAUGCCUAUCCAGACUCUGAAGUUGUUUAUAUCUGGACCUCUGGUGCCGCCCGUUCUGUUGUUGUGGCUGAAGACGGUUCGAGGUUGAACCAGUAUCAUCUAAUAGGACAGACAGUGGGGAGGGAGGUCAUCAGAACAAGCACAGGACAAUAUACUGUAAUGACGGCACAUUUCCAUCUGAAGAGAAAAAUCGGGUACUUUGUAAUCCAGACCUACCUCCCGUGCAUUAUGACGGUUAUCCUGUCUCAGGUGUCGUUCUGGUUAAACAGAGAGUCAGUGCCUGCAAGGACUGUGUUUGGUGUCACCACAGUGCUGACAAUGACAACGUUAAGCAUCAGUGCUCGCAACUCUUUGCCCAAAGUGGCAUAUGCGACAGCAAUGGACUGGUUUAUAGCAGUGUGCUAUGCAUUUGUCUUCUCCGCGCUAAUAGAAUUUGCCACUGUAAAUUAUUUCACCAAACGAAGCUGGGCAUGGGAUGGGAAAAAAGCAUUCGAAGCCCAUCAACCCAAGAAAAAGCCUCCCAUGGCACUAACAAAGAAAGCGAACAACGUCUGCAUGGCUGUGGGAGUGAACAACACAGCGAACAUCAUGAAGGAAUCGGUCCUUUCCACCAUUUCCAACAGCACCUCAGUGCAGAUGAAACCUGCAGAAGCAAAGCCUCCAGAGGCUGAAAAGACUUACAACAGCAUCAGCAGGAUCGAUAACAUGUCCAGGAUCGUGUUCCCGGUGCUUUUUGGGACUUUCAACCUAGUCUACUGGGCCACGUAUCUGAACAGGGAGCCAGUAAUAAAGGGAGCCUUAACUCCUAAAUGAGCUGCUUCAACAGCACUGUACUCUUGUCUACACACGUGCCAUAUUGUAAGAAACAGAAGGAUUGCCAUAGAGGAUGAUAUGAAGCACUGAAGACUUGCAUAAGCAGUGCCAUUAGCUGAAGUUUUGAGAACCUUUUUCAUGUGUUGCAUGUUCAAUACUCUCUUGAGAUAAUAUUGCCAUCUUUGCCUUGACUAUUUCUAAUGAAGUCCACCAAGAUUUCAUAAAGAAUGUUGCAUUUAUUCAAAGCGGCAAGCAUUUCUAUCUUUGCAAACUAGAAACAAAUACAUAGUACACAUGGCCCAGUGUAAAUAACAUUAUAAAGCAUUUUGCAUUAAAAACAAGUUUGACAUGAGAUGAUCAACUCAUAAAUACUGUCUGACUACAUCGGAAUAAACAAAACAAAAUACACUGGAGCAUUGCUGAUUACAAUCCAUGCAUCUCAUCAUGAAGUGCUGGAAUAAAAACAUUUAUACUUUUAUGUAUCAAUGUAUAAUUUACAAAUAGAGUCAAUGGAUGUUCCAGAAAAGAUAUUCUAAUGCGAGCAAGGCAAUGUCUUGAAUAUUGAAUAUUGUUUUGCACAAUGAGAGCUAUGUAAACCAGUAUGCAAAGCCACCAGCAGCUGUUUAUUCUGUUUAUUUUAGUCACACAUUUAAAGGAGGAUUGCUGUUUAAAAAGUCAAACUGUUUUUCUGUCAGUUGAGAGAUUGUCAGUUUUGUAGAUCUAGGCAUCGUAAGUCAGCGUUCGAAUGGAACUGUCUAAUAAGAAAGGAGCUGGUGGAAACAAAUCGCGGGAAACAUGCAGCAGUAAAACAAAGCACCUGCACAGGAGUUUGAACCUUUUGUAGCUGGAUCUGACGCUUGUGAAAGCUGAUUCCUGAAAUAUCUCUGCUUUGUGGGGUCUAGGUUUGAACCUUUUGUAGCUAACACUGGAUCUGAUACUUGUGAAGGCUGAUUCCUGAUCAUCCCUCUGCUUUAUGGGGUCUAGGUUUGAAUCGUUUGUAGCUAAGACUGGAACUGACGCUUGUGGAGGCUGAUGCCCGAUCAUCCCUCUGCUUUGUGGGGUCUAGAAUUGAAAUAGUUUUCUGUGUAAUCAUUAUUCAAACGGAGGUUCAGGGACACCAUGUGAAACACUCUUAAGUCAUGUUCGUACUUGCUAGACAAAUUCCCUUCCUUUUAAUAACCACUGGUAAGUUAUCACCGGCAUGUGUAUUUUCAUUUAGAAACUUGUGUUCGGGAGAAAGGAGAGACCCCACACAUCACAUCUCAUACUGUAAUUCUCCCUCGCUUAUAGAACUGAUGGAACAGAAUGAGGCUGUUCAGAAGAAGGGAGAGACCCCACACAUCACAUCUCAUACUGUAAUUCUCCCUCGCUUAUAGAACUGAUGGAGCAGAAUAAGGCCCUUACAGUCUGGGGUUCUGAUUGAAGCCACUUUUCUAAAAACCUGAUGUAACCUUCCAUUCGUGUUGUGUAGCUUUUAUACAAUCAUGGCUGUUAUUUUCAGCAGUGAUCAGGAUCAUGUUUUUGUAAAAGUAUACAGAAAGAAUAUUCAGUGUUCAAGUGCUUGCCAAUGCUACAUAUUUAAGCAUGGUCAAAAUCCAGUUCUUCAGUACACCUCUGCUACAAAACAUCUGCUGCAUCUGCUUUACAUUACCCAUAACGACGCUCAUUAGCGCUGCCAAAUUAGGCUUGACUGCGGAGGUGGGUUUGUUUUUAAUGUAUUUAUUAUGAUCCUGUAUGAACAAGAAACACACUUUGCACUCCUCUCAGUAAUGUAAAUCGAGCAGCUAGUUACCUUUGGGCGUCUGCUUCAGGUGUCUGCAUUGGGGGGAGGUUAUACUGUACCACCUAAUGGUGAUUAGAGUAGAAAACAUGAAAACAGAAAUGUAAAUGUACUGAUUUGGAGGGUACAUUAAGACCCUUUACUGCAUUGUUUAAGUUCAGCACAUCAAUGUUCAGUUCCCAUUCUUAGCAUAAUGUUACUAAAGCAAUAAAUAAAUG